UUUGCGUCAACCUGCAAAUUUCCAGAGUGCAGCUCUCUCUUCAGAGGCCUUCUGUGUUCUACACUUUUUUGCAUCCUUGAGAUCUUUGUUUUUGUUGAAGUGAAGCACGGAGAGGAAGGAAGAUUUUUGCCUUCAAUAGCUGAACUAAAAGACACAAAAUCUGCUCAAAAUUAAGGUCGACUUUCAGAAUGAAGGUGAUUGUGUUGUUUGUGUUUGUGCUGGGUGCACUCUCUGCAGCAGGGGAAGUUUUCUUUGCAAAUGUUGGGGGGAAAGUCACAUUGAACUGUGGGGUCAGCAGCUACAGACACACUCUGCAGUGGUAUCAUGGAUAUGACCUUCUUCAUACAGUUUAUCAGAGAGGCUACACGCGCAGAGGCAGUAUUGAUCUUGCAUGGAGGUCAGUCAUGAGACAGAUGAAUCUGGAAAUCUCCAGUGUGAAAGAAACAGAUGCUGGAGAGUUCACAUGUUCGGCAGAUGGGACAUAUCAUGAACAUUCACUUUUUGUGGUCUCAGUUUCAGUCUCUGUGACUCCCUCUGCUGUUCUCAAGCUGUGUGAUGAGGCAACGCUCCACUGUGAGGUGAAACAUCUGCUAAAAGGUUGUGAAGUGAAGUGGAAGAGUCCAAAUGCUGAUUCACCUGAAUGGCCAUCAACAGUUCAACUCAAACCUGUAACAAGCUCACAUAAUGGGACCUGGGAGUGUAUCAUCACCUGUGAUGGCAAACAACUGAAGCCUCCAACUUCAACAACUCCACCAACCACCCUGAAGAACAUCACAUUAUUUGUAACGAGUGUUCAGGGAACAACAUGUACAACAUGUAUAACAUGUAUAACAUGUACUGCCAACGAUUGCCCACUGGGACUCUCCUGUUGGAUGUGGAUUGCAAUCGGAGUCUGCUGUCAGUUUGGGAUGUUCCUGAUUGUUUGUGUCACUGUCUUGUGUAAGUGCAUGAGUAGAAGGAUGGUAUGUGAGGAAAGGCGUCCAUCAAAUGUUUCUGUAUAGUGUUGAUAGCUGUGGUUACAGAUUAUGUUGGUCUAACCUCUUCGCCGAAUGUGUAACUGAUCAGAUUCAUAGUUUCACUACACCAAGCUCUUACAAAGUCCCGGACACUUCACAACUGGCAAAAGUCUAAAUGAGUGUCUCGGAUUAUCUAUUACACUCUUCAGUAAAUCAGUAGAUGUACAGAUGAAGUAUUUGUUUUGUUUCCUGGGCUUUGCUGAGUAAAACUGAGAACCACCUGAAAUCUCUCAGACAUCUGUUCAGGCUUUUCUCCCGAAUUACACUUUAUGGCCAAAAGUAUUUAUUCAUCUGCCUCCAAACCCACAUGAACUUGAGUGACAUCCCAUUUUUAAUCCAUAGGAUUUAAUAUAAUGUAGGCCCAACUUUUUCAGUUAUAACAGCUUCAAUUCUUCUAGGAAGGCUUUCCACAAAGUUUUGGAGUGUGUUUAUGGGAACUCUUGACUGUUCUUCCAGAAGCACAGUUGUGAGAUCAAACACUGCGAUGAGAAGGCCUGGUUUGCAGUCUCCGCUCUAAUUCAUCCCAAAGGUGUUCUGUUCAAAAGUUCUUCCACACCACAGUCGCUCAUCCAUGUCUUUAUAGACCUUGCUUUGUGCUGUCUUGUAGAGUCAUGUUGGAACAGGAAGAGGCCAUCCUCAAACUGUUCCCACAAAGUUGAGAGCAUGAAGUUCUCCAAAAUGUCUUGUUAUGCUGAAGCAGUAAGAGUUCCUCUUGCUGGAGCGACCAAGCUCAACUCCUGAACAACAACCCCACACAAUAAUCCCCCCUCCACCAAACUUUACACUUGGCACAAUGCAGUCAGACAAGUACCGUUCCCCUGGCAACCUUUAAACCAGACUCAUCCACUGGAUUGCCAGAUGGAGAAGUAUGAUUUGUCACUCCACAAAUCAUGUAUCCAUUGCUCAAGAGUCCAGUGGUGGCAUGCUUUAAACCACUGCAUGUGAUGUUUUGCAUUGUGUUUGUUGAUGUGAGCCUUGGAUGCAGCUGCUUGGUUGUGUAAAACCCAUCCCCUGAAGCUCCCUGUGCACUGUUCUUGAGCUAAUCUUAAGGCCUGAAGUUUGGAGGUCUGUUGCGAUUGACUGUGCAGAAAGUUGGACACCUCUGCACACUACGAAGCUCGUCCUCCGCUGACCCUACCCUGUGAUUUUACACGACCUAUCACUUUAUAGCUGCAUUGUUGUCGUUCCCGAUCGCUUCCACUUUGUUAUAAUACCACUAACAGCUGAUUGUAGAAUAUUUAGUAACAACAACAUUUCACAACUGGAUUUGUGGCAAGGUGGCAUCCUAUCAUGGCACCACACUGGAAUUCAAUGAGGUCCUGAACACGACUCGUUGUUUCACAAAAGUUUGUAGAAGAGGUCUGAAAGCUUACGUGGCUUAUUUUAUACACCUGUGGCCAGAGAAGCGACUAGAACACCUGAAUUUGAUGAUUUGAAUGCGUGAGGGAUUGCUUUUAGCAUAAUGCGUAUGUCACAAAAAACUCCUUCAGGGAACAAGUCCCAAACAUUAGAGCAACUUUGUUGUUGCUUCACUCUUUGUGCUAACUCUGACUGUUGAUUUCCACUGCCAUCAGUAGUCACCUUCAGUCCCCUCCUCUGUCUUUGGACGAUUGCAGCUUGCUGUCAUCACUUCAGCCUCCUUGACCUGUUAGAGUAAAGAGAUAGAAAAAAAGAAAAGAAAGAAUAACAACUGAUGUGUUUUACAGAAAGAAAGCAAAGCACCAAAACAAUUUAUUUUCCUUUGGUUUGGAGAUUCAUGUUUUGUUUUAUUUUACUUCAAAAAAAAAAAAAAAAAAAAACUUUGUUACUUCUGUUGUGAUAAAUAAAUGUCUUUCUGUCAAGCUGUGUGCUCUU